CAAAACUAGCAUACAACACACUAAAUGAGGAGCAACUAUGUUCUUGGCAACAACUCGACGGCGGCAACCGAGGCAAGUGAAGGGUGCUACGGCUCAAGGAGAUCCUGUUUUGAGGUUUUGAAUAGUGUGCAGUACGGAGGAUAGCCCGUGGCGUUAAAGCUCGCCGGUGAAAAGAUAGUCGGCGGCAGAGCUCGCCGGUGAGAUCGGGGCAGCAAGAUCGGGCAGGCGGGCACAGUUUCACUGGGAGAGCGUGCGGCCACGCCAUGGAAUCUUCUCGCCUUGUUCCCCUCUUCCCGUGCUCUCCGGUUGUUUGAAUCCAAAAACUUCCCGAGUCUUGUUUAAACCUUCCGCUCCCCGUCGACUUCCCUCCCUCCCCUCGUGCUCGCUCCACCCGUUCCGAAUUCAAAUUUCGAAUCCUUCCUCCUGCUCCUUCUCCUACGCCAAGCCCUAAACCAAUUCCUCCUCCACCGCCAUUUACCACCUCCCCGCCUCCCACCAUGAGCACUGCCGCCGCACCAGCCGCCCUGGGCAGCGGCAAGGAGCUCGCCAACCCGCCCUCGGACGGGAUCUCGAACCUCCGCUUCUCCAACCAUAGCGACAACCUCCUCGUCUCCUCAUGGGACAAGACGGUGCGGCUCUACGGCGCCGACGCCAACGUGCUCAAGGGGGAGUUCGUGCACCCCGGGCCCGUCCUCGACUGCUGCUUCCACGACGAUUCUUCGGGGUUCAGCGCCGGCGCCGAUCACACCGUGCGGAGGUUAGUAUUUAGUUCAGCCAAAGAAGAUUUUUUGGGGCGGCAUGAUGGUGCGGUUCGUUGUGUGGAAUACUCUUAUGCUGCAGGACAUGUUAUCACUGGCAGCUUGGAUAAAACUGUGAAAUGCUGGGAUCCAAGAGGAGUGAGCGGACCAGAGCGUACACUUGUUGGGACAUAUACUCAACCUGAACGUGUAUAUUCUCUAACAUUAGUGGGAAAUAGGUUGGUUGUUGCAACGGCAGGAAGGCAUGUCAAUAUUUAUGAUCUGCGCAAUAUGUCUCAACCUGAGCAAAAAAGAGACUCUUCUUUGAAGUAUCAAACACGAUGUGUUCGAUGUUUUCCUAAUGGAACAGGAUAUGCUCUAAGUUCUGUUGAAGGCCGAGUUUCUAUGGAAUUCUUUGAUCUAUCUGAGUCCGCUCAAUCUAAAAAGUAUUCUUUCAAGUGUCACCGGAAAUCAGAGGCUGGGAGGGACACUGUUUAUCCUGUCAAUGCAAUUGCAUUCCAUCCGAUAUAUGGUACAUUUGCCACUGGAGGGUGUGAUGGAUUUGUGAAUGUAUGGGAUGGCAUUAACAAGAAAAGACUAUAUCAGUACUCAAAGUACGCAUCAAGCAUCGCUGCUCUGUCAUUCAGUAAGGAUGGCCAUCUUCUUGCCGUGGCAUCCAGCUACACUUACGAAGAUGGAGAGAAAUCCCACGAGCCCGACGCAAUAUUUAUCAGGGCGGUGAACGAAGUUGAAGUAAAACCGAAGCCCAAGGCAUUGACCGCUCCCCAGUAGUGUUGUAAUCAGUUGGCGACAGUAUUCGUCGGAUAGUUGGAUGUUCUCUACUCUCCAAGUUGAUGUCAAUUACAUUAGUUGACGAGUGUCUUCUUUUUUGAAGUGAGAUGCCAGUAUCCAAAUCUGACGUCUCAUCAGCUACUGUAUUGCACUUGUAUACUCUGGAAACAUUUAAUGUUCCAGCUGAUUGUAUAUUUUGAUGCGAAUGAUGCUAAGUGUAUUUGAUUC